GACGACCAAGAAUACCCUCUCUUUUUUAAUUCUCCCUAGUCCCUCCCCCCCUAUUAAUCUUUCUCUCUCUCUCUCUCUCUCUCAUACAUAUCUAGGGUUUUCAUCAUCGCAUCUCAGUCUAUUUCAGCUCUUCAUUAAAAUCCAUCCUUUCCGAUGAACUUUUAAUCGAUAGUUGAUGAUGAAUCUCUGAUAUUUGUUUGUUAUUUGGUUAUUGUUCUAUAGAUAAUGGUAUCGUCUCCAUGUUUAUUGGAUUCGACGAAGUUCCAACGAAAACGAGAAUCAGAUUUAUUAUCUCCUUGUAAAAGGCUAAAAGUUUCAGCUUCGGAUGUAUUCGACGAUUUUACACCAGAUUUACACGGCAAUUGUGGUGUAGCAUCAUCAUCUUCGUGGUUGUCUUCUUAUUGUGAUUCUAAAGGUCAAAUGUCAUUGUGUUCGAGCUUAGAGAGGAGUUGCCAGGUGAAUGGUAACCCAGAUGCUGCUUCUCAUGCUUCUGGCGCUGCCGGAAUUUCUUACCCCAGUGAAAGUUGUAAUGGGUAUGACUUACCGGGUUGUGUAUCAGGAUGGAUGUAUUAUAAUGAAUUGCGUCAGCUAUGUGGGCCUUAUAUGGAGCAGCAGUUGUUUGAAGGAUUGUCAACGGGUUUUCUGCCAGAUGAGCUUCCUGUUUAUCCUGUUAUGGAUGGUUCAUUACUGAAUCCUGUGAAACUGCUGCUCUUCAAACGGUAUCCUGAACAUGUCGCCACAGGAUUUAUGUAUCUUGAUAGAGCUUCUUCUGGCAUUUUCACGACUACAAACAGCCAUGCUGUAACUGGACAAGUUACCAAUACUGUAUCUAGUUCAGUUAUUACAAGUUAUGAUCAACAGACUCAUGCCCAACAUACUUGUUAUAAUUCUGAUGUUAUAAUAUCAGAAUCAAAAUCAGCACCGGGGUCCAUUGUGAUUCAGCAGCAGCCUUUUUCAUGGGAAGAAAGAUGCUGGCUAUACCUUGAUGGUUACGGGGGGGCAUCAGGGCCACACUCUAUUUCAGAACUUUACUACUGGCACCAAUAUGGUUAUCUACAGAGUUCUGUCAUGAUACAUCAUAUGAAUAGUAUUUGCAGUCCGUUCACUCUAUUGUCUUUGGUCAAUGUUUGGCAUAAAGAGAGUUCUACUGUAAUUGCAUCAGCAGAAGAUAAUAUUGGCAACUCGUCUCAGCUUAUAUCCAUAUUAUCUGAUAAAACUGGGUCCCAAUUGCAUGAUGGUAUCAUGAAAGCAGCACGUCGGUUGAUUUUAGAUGAGAUCAUUGGCAAUGUCAUACUAGAUUUUGCUGCUUUGAAGAAGACUCAGAAACAAAUAAAGAAUGUGCAUGGUGCUGAGGAUAUUAGAAUUUCCUCCCUUGAUUUUGAAAGGUCUAAAGCCAUUGCUGGGGAAAGGAAUAGUCGUGCUUCUCUUUCUGUAAUAGGUUCCAGUAAUGAUGAUGUCUCGACUUCAGGAUAUUCUGCCAAAGAAAUGCUCAAGGAGAGUUGCACUAUCCAGAACGCGAAAUGUAUUGGAAGUAUUGAGAACUUUCGGGAGGUCAAUAAAGCAAUCUGCCAAGUAAUCUUUGAUCACUGUAUGAAGGUUUUGUGGCGUUCUGUCUUUUAUGGACCUGUAGCAAAUUGUGCGCGCACUUGGAGGAAAAGAACACGUUCAUCACUCAACCGUAAUGAAGAAGCAGCUGCUUUGAGCAAAAAAUCUUUUGGUUCCCCAAAGGCUGCAAAAAUCAAUACUGUAAUCGGAAAAUUUGAGGAACCUGCUGAUGAUCUUGAUUGUCCUCCUGGAUUUCAUUCUAUUGUGCAAGAUUCUCUUCCAUGUAAUUCGUCUAUGAUAUCUAAUAUGCAAUCUAGUGAUGAUCUGAUAUCCAACCCUAGUACUCAUCAUCAUAAUGGAGAUAGGGAAGGUAUAGUUGCAAGGGUAGAAGAGGAACUUCACAUGUUUGCAAAGACUUCCAUGGUUGACUACUUGAUGACUACUGUUGAAAAAGAAGUGAUUAGUAUAGUCAAGUGUUCAAAGAUUAAUGUACAAAAUGAGGUUGAAGUAGAAAAAUCCUGUAAAUUGUCCAAUGACAAUGAUGGUGAACAUAAUAAUGCUUUGGAGAUGAUCCAGGGGCUAGACUCUGAUCACAUCUGUGUUGAUGAUUCUCAGAUUCCUUUCCAAGAGACCAAAUACUCACGGCAGCCUGCCGUGUCUCCUCACAAGCACUCUUUACUUGAUUUUAUUGAAAUUGGCUUUAGGAAAGUGAGGGUACCUGCGACCAAUGUAAUUGAUGAAUAUGUUGCUGAUGAUCCACCGCCCCCUGGGUUUACUGAUUUGGCUCAUGAACCAUGUGCUCAAGACUUGUGCUUGCGAGAUCAAUUGAAAAUCUCGAUUGAGGCAAUAAAGUCUCGUCAGUUAGCUGAUUCAGCAUGUGACAUUGAUUUAUCUGACUUUGUAGGAAAUGCUUUUAAGAGAUUGGGUAUGCCUACAUCUAAUGUAGUUAAUGAUAAAUUUACUAAUGAUCCUCCUUUGCCUGGAUCGGGGAGUAAAAUUGAAAAUGUCGUUUCAUCAAGCAUUGCCAAUUUCGGACAGUUAGGUAUAGGUGAGGCCAUUCCUAAGCAAAAGAAGCAUAUGGCACUGGCGUCGUGCCGGCUAAAGUUGCAUCGUGAUGUGUUGAGAGAAUGGUUAUCCAGCUUUUAUGAUGAUUUGUAUCUGUUACUGAAGAGUCUUAAUCCUGUUCAGGAGGAAGUCAUUACCAAGAGUGAAGAUUCACUUAAGUUUACUCCUAUUCAGCCUGAGCUCGACUUUCAUACAGAAAGAUCAAAGAGUUGUCACAACUCAGGGCCAUCUGAAGUUCCAGUUGUUGAAGAGAUUACAUAUUCACGGAGAAAGAAAGUGCAAAAUAAUUCAGGAGCUGAACCAAGCUCUGCUCUGUUACGUGAUUUUAAAUUCCAUCUUCAAUUGAAGAAAAUCGGGAAACCAAAGAGUUCUGAAAACAAAUCUGGCUCAAGAGCUUCAGGCAUUGAAAAUGAAAAGCCGAAGGCGAAAGAAUUUUUUCAUAAGGAAACAGGAUCAUCUCCUGUAACUUUUAAAGUAAGAGCCGGUAAAAGAAAUUUGGCCAAAGAUCGUCAAUCAAUCAGGUCAUCAAAUUGUCAAAAGCUGCGAAAAGAUGCGACUCCUCAGAGCACUGUUGCUGUUGCUGGUCCAAAUUGUGGGUUGGAAGGGGUUCUUAGCUUGGAGGCAGAUUCUAAUGAUUAUGAGGAGCUUAGCAGCUGCACCAAUCUUAGCAUUUCCAGGAAGUAUGAACAUGCUGCUGAUCGCUUCCAAGAAAUGAAGAAAUCAUCUGCAGUGUCGAAGCUUAAGCGAAAACAUUUGGUAGAUGAAUCACCAUCACUUCCGGUGAAGAUUCCAAAGCUUACAGGUGUUGAUGCCAAGAAAACAACAUCCAAAAAGACAGAAAAAAUCGCCAAGUUGAGCAAUUCCAGGGUGUCAAGCUCCUGUCCCGUAUCUGUUGGAUGUGCUCGAUCUUCAAUUGAUGGAUGGAAAUGGCAUAAAUGGUCCUUACAUGCAAGACCUGCAGAAAGAGCUCGUGUUAGGGGAAUUAAAUUAACUACUAUGCAGCGUUCUACUUCAGAUAGUAGUGGCUCACAUCUCUCCAAUGUUAAGGGAAUCACUGCUAGGACUAACAGGGUUAAAAUGCGGAACCUACUUGCUGCAGCAGAUGGUGCUGAGCUGUUGAAGACCUCUCAAUUAAAGGCCAGGAAGAAGCGCCUACGUUUUCAGAGGAGUAAGAUUCAUGACUGGGGUCUUGUUGCAUUGGAACCAAUUGAAGCGGAUGAUUUUGUCAUUGAAUAUGUUGGGGAACUAAUUCGUCCACGGAUAUCUGAUAUUAGGGAAAUCCAGUAUGAGAAGAUGGGUAUUGGCAGCAGCUAUCUUUUUAGACUCGAUGAUGGUUGCGUGGUUGAUGCUACUAAGCGCGGUGGCAUUGCUAGAUUCAUAAACCAUUCAUGUGAGCCUAAUUGCUACACUAAAAUUGUAAGUGUUGAGGGUCAAAAGAGGAUAUUCAUUUAUGCAAAACGGCAUAUAUCUGCUGGCGAAGAGAUCACAUACAAUUACAAGUUUCCACUAGAGGAGAAAAAGAUCCCUUGUAAUUGUGGUUCAAAGAGGUGCCACGGUUCAAUGAACUAAAUGGUAUUUUGAGUAUGGUAUCAUUAGCAAAUUGUUUCUGAUGAUACCUAGUAAUUCAACGCGACUUUCUGAGCUCUCUUUUUGACAUAAUCCUCAUGAUAUAUGAGUUUUAUUUGCAGCUUUCGGGAAUUGGAUUGCUAUGGCCGAUGCUGUAUAAUUUGAUCAUUUGUUCUUAUCCAAUGCGGAAGUGCUGUCAAGUUGUGCAUUUUUGUAGAUAGUCUCACCUGCAGAUGAGUUUCUACCCUUGGAAACUGUAAUGAGUUCAUUAUCUUAGCUUAUAGUUAUCUGACAUCCUUGGGAAUAUUCUUUUUGUAUAGAGUACAGAAUCCCCAAUUCGUUCAAUAUCCAAUGAUAAAUGAAAUAUUUUAUUUGAUAUCCAGUUUAUUUCAAUUUUGCCUAUUAGCAUAUUUGUUCAACCACAGCUCAAAUUAUGUGAAUUGAUGUAUUGCUGCAUAUAUAUCUGUGGAUUUAGAUAAUAUUAGAAUGGGAAAAGGGAACAUCAUGCUAAUGGGAGGUCACAGAGAAACACUUGUUUUUUUAUGUAGGUAACAUGUUACAUUGACAAUUUUACACCUCAAAAACCUGCUAUGUGGUGCAUGGCUUCUACUGUUUUUGGCUUAAUUAUGUUGGUAAACAAUGCUUAUUCUGGCCUUUGUUUAUUUUUAAAGCCGUUUUUGGCCUUUAGAAGUUGGAUGAGCUCUAGAUUUCUAGUUUUUUGGUGAUAUUUGUUAGAAUUUUGUUAAUCUUGUUGUGAAAUUUUUUAUGGGCGAUGGCCAAGAUAAUCCAUUUGUUCAGUUGAUGCAAGUAGAUCAAGAUGUUCAUUUUUAAAAAGCUUGCCAAGGCGCGUUCGAUAGGGUGGGAGCCUUAAUAGGAUUGGUCAAGGAAAAUUCUUAAGGCAAGCGCCUCAAAGCGCGUUAUAACACCUAAGUCAAGCGUCAGAUCACCUUUGAGCACAUUUAGGUCUUAGUCUCAAGCGAAGUCUAUUUGAUGCCGACUCUCACCAAGUAUAUAUUCACUUUUUUUAUAUGUCUUCAAGAUUUUGUUUUGGAGCUUUGAUUUAUCUUUUUCCAUGGGUUUUGGGGAGCAUACACCUUAAGGCCAACGCCUUGGUUUGGCGCCCUAGAAUGCCUCACACCUUAUAAAAGGCAAGGUGUUGUAGCUUUUUGUUGGGUAGACAGAGAUUCAUUUUGAUAUAUGAAGUUUCUGAAUAUUUUUUAUUUUGGCGAAUUAUAUUAAUCUUUGUAUUCCUUUUUUGGGGCAGUAUCCUUGUAAUUUUGGGAUUGGGUUUUUAGUUCCCUCAGUUUUGGUGGAUUAUUGUUUUUUGAUAAAAUUGUUGGUGAUAAUCUUUUAUGUCCUUUUUGGGAUAGUAUAGUAUCUUUAUGGUUUUGGUGAUGAUCUUUUGUGGUACGAGUGGAGUUUAAUUCUUGGGUGAUUGUUCAUGUGCAAUGCUUUUUAAUCUUGUUUGUUUUGUAUCCUGAACAAAAAAUGUAUCAUAAUGAUUGUCGGAAGGAAAAAUCUUAAAAGUUGGUGCUUAAACUGUUCCUUUGCUGUGCUGUGUUUUCUUGUUUAAACCAAAAUAGGAUAAAUUAUUGCUUUGUUUGAGAGGUUUUGAACCUAGUAAUCGCAUGAAUUCUUUACGGGAAGUUAGCUUAUGAGACUUUUAGGGUGGCCCAUCGCAUGAAAAAUUGCGCUUUAGUGAGGUUUACUUAAUUGAUGUGUUUUUGUUGACCCUAGCUAUGUACUCGGGUGAAUUCUUUACGGGAAAUUAGCUUAUGAGAGGAACUGGCUCAUCUCAUCAAAACUUGCGCUUUGGUGAGCUUUACUUUAUUGAUGUGUUUUUAUAACAAUAGUGAAUCGAAAAGGAGGGGGAAGGAAAGAAAGGGAGGCAAAGGAGAGAGAAAUUGGACAUUUUCAUUUUUCUUGUCCUCUUUAAAGGAAAAUGGUUCGGUUACUUUAUCUUUCGUUCCUUUUCACUUCCAGUUCUCCCGCCCAGUAACCUUUUAUUUUUUUUUUCAGAGAUGGGGUGGUAUUUUUAGUAGACGCCUCAGUGUCCGGGUUUCAUGUUGGAUAAGUCAACCUUGUAAGACGUGUAUUCAAACGGGCAUAUAAUUAAUCCGAUUGCCUUACCAAUCAAAAAUUCAAAAUCGUCUGGACCAUUGUGUCAUCUUUGUUUAAUUUUCUGAUGCCUAGUUUUAUACUUUCACAUUAUUUGGCCCCUGAGUUUUCGCUCUUAAUUUGUAUACAAUACAUCUUGUGCAGGAGUGUACUUGAAUCUCAAUUGGACUCUUUACUCUUGUCAGGGGCCUGUUCUUGUAAUUUUGUG